AUGCUGGCGGUUACUACAGUAUCUUACAAGUUCAAUGUUGCUGUCAGAAUCACUAGAAGCAUGAAGGCUAAAAGGGGUCUUAAACAAGGUGACCCUAUUUCUCCCCUUCUUUUUGUUCUUACUAUGGAAUACUUUCACGGGCUCCUUCACCAGCUAAGCAAAGUUCCUGACUACAACUUCCAUGCGAAAUGCAAAAAGAUGCAAAUCAUUGAUAUUAGCUUUGCAGAUGAUGUUCUCCUCUUCACCCGUGGGGAUAGAAAAUAUGUACAGUUACUUAUGAAUCACCUGCAAACGUUCUCCCAGUCCAUUGGCCUAGUAGUUAACCCUGCGAAGUGUAGGGUGUACUUCGGAGGUGUGGAAAAUGAGACCAAAAAUGACAUCUUGGCUUCUACCUCGUAUAAGGAAGGGGAUUUACCUUUUCGUUACCUGGGAGUUCCUCUCACGUGUAAAAGGCUUUCAACUCCUCAUUAUAUGAGUUUGGUGGACAAAAUUGUAAGCAGGAUUCAUCAUUGGAGCUCUAAAUUACUGAGUUAUGCAGGAAGACUUCAACUGAUUAACAGUAUCAUCACUGUUAUUGCAGUAUACUGGAUGAGCUGCCUCCCUUUCCCCAAGCAUGUGAUCAAAACCAUUAAGUCUAUUUGCAGGACUUUCCCGUGGACAGGUAGCGAUGUGAAAUCGAGAAAAUCCCUAAUUGCGUGGAAGAAUGUCUGUAAACCUCGGCGGAAGGGCGGUCUGGAUGUGUUGGACUUAUCAGAUUGGAACACGGCUUGUUUAACAAAACUGAUGUGGAACCUUUGCAACAAGAAGGAUACUCUUUGGGUGAAAUGA